UACACAUUAAGGUGAGAAUAGAGAAGAAAACACAUAACACAUACCAUAUUGAAGCUUUUCACAGAAACUUCAGAAGAGCUUAAAACAGAAUGGGAACAGCUACUUUUAUAGAUAUUCUUCUUGCUAUCCUCUUGCCUCCUCUUGGCGUCUUUCUCAGAUAUGGUUGCGGGGUUGAGUUUUGGAUAUGUUUGGUUUUGACGCUGCUUGGGUAUCUUCCUGGGAUCCUCUACGCCCUUUAUGUCCUCACAAAAUGAUCAUUCACCUCCAUCUACCCUCUCUUCUUGUAUCUUCAUCUCCUUGGACUGCUGGUUCGUCGUGUUUUCAUCUCGUUGUGUGACUGAUUCAUCUUUUCUUUCAUCAGGGGUUAUCGCUGUUGUGUUUGCAUUGUUAUAUAAUUUCUCUUAAUCCUUCUUUUGCGUGAA